GGAGGUGGAUGGUGCUAUAGGACAGGGCCCCUAAAUACGGCAUCAGCACAUAGAGCCCUCAGCAGCUCCACAGUGUGGCUGGGCUUGGACUGAGAACACAUAAGAAGACAGAGCUGAAGAGAUGAUAAAAAACUGGGAGGACCUGUUGACUCGCUCAGAGGCAGAGGCCCUGCAGAGAGGCCUUGAUAAAUUAAAGGACCUGGGUAAUCACCAACAGUAUGAAAUUCAACAAGGGAAACUGCUGGAUUCUGCACCUGGGAUGGGGCAGCCCUGGAUGUAGAGACAGACUAGGGAAUGAGAUGCUGGAAAGCAGCACCAUGGAAAGGGACCUGGGGGUCCUGGUGGAUGGAAAGUUGAACCUGAGUCAGCAGUGCCCUGGAGCCAGGAGGGCCAGCCCUGUCCUGGGGGCAUCAGGCACAGCAUGACAGCCAGGCAAGGGAGGGGAUUGUCCUGCUCUGCUCUGAGCUGGGGCAGCCUCACCUUGAAUAUUGUGCAUAGUUUUGGUCACAACAUAGAAAGGAUAUAAAGCUAUUAGAGAGUGUACAAAGUAGGGUAACGAAGAUGGAGAAUGGCCCUGAGGGGGAGCCGUGUGAGGAGGGGCUGAGGGCACUUGGUCUGUUCAGCCUGGAGGAGACUGAGGGGAGAGCUCAGUGCAGCCCAGAACUUCCUCAUGAGGGUGAGAGGAGGCACAGGUAUGAUCUCUUCUCUGUGGUGACCAGUGACAGGAAUAGAGGGAAUGGCCUGAAGCUGUGUCAGGGGAGGUUUAGGUUGGAUAUUAGGAACAGGUUCUGCCCCCAGAGGGUGGCUGGACACUGCAUCAGGUUCGCCGGGGAAGCGCUCACAGCACCGAGCCUGGCAGAGUUCACAAAGCGUUUGGACAACACUCUCAGGAACAUGGUGUGAUUCUUGGAGCGCCCUGUGCAGAGCCAGGAGUCGGAUUUGACGAUCCUUGUGUGUCCUUUCCAACUCGGCGCAUUCUGUGAUUCUAUAAGCAGCCAGGCCAUGGGAGCACCUGCGGCUCUGGGCAGUCGAUGCGGACAGCAGGCGAACACGCCGUUCCGGUCCCCGGCAGCCCCGGGCUGGGUGGGGGCAAACCAGGGCACCGCCCCGCUAUCCCUCCCCGCUGUCCCGCCCCGCUGUCCCGCCCGCCGCCUUCCGGGGCCGGCCGGACCCGCCUGCAGCCGCCGGGAUGCUGCUGCUGCGGGCGGGCGGUGCCGCGGGCCGGGCCCUGCCGCCGCUGGCCGCCCUGUCGCAGGUGCUGCGGCUGGAGCGGAGCCGCCGCACCGCCAUCGUGUUCCCGCUGCAGAAGCUGGAGCGGUACCUGGCUCCCGGCACCGACACGGCGCGGUUCCGCCUCUUCCAGCCCGGGCUGGCCGCGCUGCAGCGCGCCGAGGCGCUCUUCAGGUGUGCUUCAUCGGCCGAAGCAAUGUGGGGAAAUCAUCUUUAAUCCGGGCCUUGUUUUCACUGGCUCCAGAAGUGGAAGUUAGGGUGUCAAAAACUCCGGGCCACACAAAGAAGAUUAAUUUCUUCAAAGUAGGGAAGUACUUUACUCUGGUGGAUAUGCCAGGAUAUGGCUAUCGUGCCCCGCGGGACUUUGUUGAGAUGGUGGAGGCCUAUCUGCAGGAACGGCGCAACUUGAAGAGGACUUUCCUAUUAGUUGAUGGUGUAGUUGGACUCCAGAAAACAGAUCACAUUGCAAUAGAGAUGCUGGAAGAAUUUGGGAUUCCUUAUGUGAUGGUGUUAACGAAAAUUGACAGAGCUUCCAGGGGAGUAUUGUUAAAGAACGUACUGGAGAUCCAGGAGUUUGUAAAGGAGAGCACUCAGGGAUGCUUUCCUCAGCUGUUCUUGGUCAGUUCUGUGGAGUUCUCAGGGGUUCACUUGCUCAGGUGUUUUGUAGCCCAUGUUACUGGAAACCUGCCCAAUGUUGAGGACAGCUGAAAAAACCUGUUGAUCUGCUUGGCUCAUGAAGAACAAAAGUAGGUGCAGCAGGAUAGCAUGCCUUGCUUGCAGACUUGAGUUGUCCCUGUUUGCCAAGGAUGAAGGAAAGAACACAUCUUUAAAGGGAUCUGCUUUUCUAUGAGUGUUGGCUUGAAACAGUGGAAUAAAAGACUGACAUCUAGAGGAGCCCUGUCCUGCACACUGUCACAAGUCAGUGCUGCAGCAAUGUUCCGAGAUCCAGCAUGAAUUUCUGCAGCUCCAGUUGGAUGCAUUGCCAGAUCCGAGGCAUGCCAUCCAUGAUCUGUAUCAGCUCUACCCUGGCAGCUGAAGCACAACACUGAUGUGUCCUGUACGCCUUAGGGGAACUGCAUCCCACAGCAGCUGUGUUUGUGUAAGAGCACCUGAAAUUGUCCAGUUACAAGGCACAACUGGACAAAAGGACAGUCAUCAAUAGCAGCACUCAUACAGGAGAACUUAGUCUGAAGCUGUGAAGUGCCUGUGUCAAACCCUGACACUCAGUCUUGGUUGUGUCUCGGCCAAAUGUGAUUAUGCAGUUGUCAAAGUUACUUGCAUUAAGUGUUUAAACCUCAAGAAGGGAAAGUUCUUUCCUAAACCACUCUGACAGUGUAAAAGGACUAGAAAUAUCACUUUCUUGCACUAUGCAAUUUCUUGUAACACACUAGACAUGAGACAAGAUAUAUUUUCAGCAUACAUGUAAGAAAAGGAGUGAUUCUCUAGCUUCUGCUAGAAGCUUACACCUUCUGCUGUAAUUCCGUUAAUAUUUUAUCUCUAAUCCCCAAAUGCUGCAGGGCAAAACAGCCCAAGGGAUGCACGAUCCCAGAAAUGCAAUACUAGCUGUACAAAAGAAACAAGUGAAAGUGAACACUUCAGGAAGGAUCUUCCAAAAGCAUCAAUCUUAUCAAGGCUGUAAUUUUUAGGGCCUCAGCCUUGACUAAAGAGUCUGAAAAUAACCCUGAAUAUGUUAAAAAGUGCAGUUCUGGUUUUAGUCACUCUUCAGAACAAAAACUCCUUACAUUACAUUACCACCCCUUACAGUGCUAGGAAGUCUUUUAUUAACCACUUAAACACAUUAAAUAUGUCUAGUUAAUUCAUUUGUAUAAACAAACUGGAUGUGUGUGCAUGGAACAUUAGGUACCAUCUUCAGAAGCAGCUUUACCUCUGGAUACAUACUGGUUUUAUUCAGAAGUGCUUGAAAUACUGGAAGAACUCCUGCAUUUUGCUCAGCCAUUUGCAAGAGAGAACACUACAGGUUUGAUUCUUGAGUGUGACAGUGCCCCUGUGAUAAAACAGUAAAUAAAAUCAAGUCUCUCCCUAAACAGUAAAACUUAACACUUACA